UGUCGAAUCAGCCCGGCCAGGUAUCAUGUAUAGACCCGGUGCGGUCUCGAAUCGGAUAAAUAGACUCUUGGCUCUCUUGCCGUUCGCCUUUUCCCUGGUUCAGGUCCAACUUCGGCGGCUCUGCGCGAAGAACCCACCCGGGUAUCAAGGGGCAGGCCGCUGCUACGUAGCACAGCGUCGUGAGGGACCACCGACUUGGCGGCUUAUUAUAAAUCGAAGAGGCUCUUCACAUGUCGCAUUUGUCAGAAUUUCAGAUCGACGUCCGGUCGCCGAAUUCGGUGGGAAAGUGGAAAAAAAUUUGACGCGACGAGUUAGCUUUCGUACGAUCUCGUUCGAUAAUUAUGCCGAGUAAGAGAAAUUUGAAAUAAUGGGGAAGCGUCCUGAAUUACUUAAGGAGACAGUGGAUCUUUACGGCCCCUGAUUAUGUAAUUUGAGUCUAUUCACAAAAGGGUUACGUACUAUGGUCCACAACCCUGUAACUCGCCCUUGAGUCUUAAUUUGGC